AUGGCCGCCACCUUCCCGACCUCGCGGUCACCUGCCAUGGCCACUGCUUGCCCAAGCCCGAGCUCGCCCGCCAUGGCUGCCACCUCCCCGAGCACCGCCCUGGCCGCGCCGUUGCUCCGUCGUGCCCCGGGGUCGCUGCGCCGGAGGAGGUCCUCCCGUGCCGCUGCUCGCCCAGAUCCGGAGGAGCGCUCCAUAAUGAGCUACAAAAUAUGGCCAUGGAGUCAUGAUGCAAACAAGAUGGUUCACAUGCUUCUUCAUACUGUUGCACUCUUCCUGGGUUCUGUUGGGAUAUAUGCCGCCUUCAAGUUCCACAAUGAAAGUGGAAUUGAUAAUCUCUACAGCUUGCAUUCGUGGGUUGGACUUGGAACUAUCUGCCUGUAUGGUAUACAGUGGCUACUUGGUGUUACAACUUUCUUCUUCCCUGGUGCUUCGCCAACAAUCCGGCGCAGAAUGCUCCCAUGGCACAUUCGCGCUGGGCUUGUUGUCUACAUACUGGCGCUGCUAGCUGCAGAGCUGGGGUUCCUGGAGAAGCUCACCUUCCUUCAGGCUGCCGGCUUUGGCAGGUACAGCUCGGAAGCUCUGCUGGUGAACUUCACAGCUCUUCUGAUCCUACUGCUUGGCGCAUCUGUUGUUCUGUAUGUCACCGCUCCAAUGCACAACGAGCACACGCAGGGGUAUUCAGCAGUGCACAAGCCCUGA